AGAGUGAGAGAGAGGUAGGCAGGACCCAUGGGAAGCACUGUUAGUUUGGGGGAGAUAGCCAGGAGCUGUGUGGUUUAGGGCAAGUUUAUUAUUGCUGUUACUCUAACACCCUCCAGGAUGGCCUGCCAUCUUCAUGCAUGUCGGGGAGCUUCUGCUGGGGUUUUCUUCUUGGCCCUUUGUGGGCUGGUUGCAGGUGACAAGCUGCUGGUGUUUCCCCAGGAUGGAAGCCACUGGCUUAGUAUGAAGGACAUAGUUGAGCAUCUCAGUGACAGGGGGCAUGACAUUGUGGUGCUAGUGCCAGAAGUCAAUUUGCUUUUGAGAGAAUCCAAAUACUACACGAGGAAAAUCUACACAGUGCCUUACGAUGAAGAAGAGCUGAAGACCCGGUUCCGCACCUUCGGGAACGGUCACUUCGCCGAGAGGUCAUUCCUGAGCGCUCCUCUGGUGGAGUACAGGAACAACAUGAAUGUUGUCGAACUGUGCUUCAUCAACUGCCAGCACCUCCUGAAGGACCAGGACACGCUGGAUUUCCUCAAAGAGGGCAAGUUUGAUGCUCUUUUCACAGACCCAGCCAUGCCCUGCGGUGUGAUCCUGGCUGAGUACCUGGGCCUGCCCUCCGUGUACCUCUUCCGGGGCUUCCCGUGUUCGUUGGAACACACGUUCAGCAGAAGUCCCAACCCUGUGUCCUACAUCCCCAGGUGCUACACCAAGUUCUCAGAUCACAUGACCUUUCCCCAGCGCGUGGGCAACUUCCUCGUGAAUUGGUUAGAGCCCUUUCUGUUCUAUUGUCUGUACUCCAAGUAUGAAGACCUCGCGUCGGAAGUUCUCAAGAGAGAUGUGCACUUGCCUGCCCUGUACCGAAAGGGCUCUGUUUGGCUGUUAAGAUAUGACUUUGUGUUUGAUUAUCCCAGGCCAGUCAUGCCCAAUAUGGUCUUCAUUGGAGGGACCAACUGCAAAAAGAAGAAAGAUCUGUCUCAGGAAUUUGAAGGCUACAUUAAUGCCUCUGGAGAACAUGGAAUUGUGGUUUUCUCUUUGGGAUCUAUGGUCUCAGAGAUUCCAGAGAAGAAAGCUAUGGAAAUAGCUGAAGCUUUGGGCAAAAUACCUCAGACGGUCCUGUGGCGGUAUACUGGAAGCCGCCCAUCAAACCUUGCGAAGAAUACGAUACUUGUCAAGUGGCUACCCCAAAAUGAUCUGCUUGCUCACCCAAAGACUCGUGCCUUCAUCACGCAUUCCGGCUCCCACGGCAUUUAUGAAGGAAUAUGCAAUGGUGUCCCGAUGGUGAUGCUGCCCUUGUUCGGUGACCAGAUGGACAACGCCAAGCGCAUGGAGACCAAAGGAGCUGGAGUGACCCUGAAUGUCCUUGAAAUGACUUCUGAAGAUUUAGCAAAUGCUCUAAAGACAGUCAUCUUUGACAAAAGCUACAAGGAAAACAUCAUGCGCCUCUCCAGUCUUCACAAGGACCGGCCCAUAGAGCCUCUGGACCUGGCUGUGUUCUGGGUGGAGUUCGUGAUGAGGCACAAGGGGGCGCCCCACCUGCGCCCUGCAGCCCACGACCUCACUUGGUACCAGUACCACUCCCUGGAUGUGAUGGGCUUCCUCCUGGCCAUCGCACUGACGGUGGCCUUCGUCACCUUUAAAAUCUGUGCCUGUGGCUUUCGGAAAUGCUUCGGUAAAAAAGGGCGGGCGAAGAAAAGUCACAAAUCCAAGGCGCACUGAAAAGUGGGUGGAAAGUAAGGCGACAUUUUAAUCCAGACCCCGGUCAUUUCGAAACCUGCAUGCAGAAUCAGUAUUAAAUUCACUUUAUUCUUAUUAAAGAAGCGCUUUGCCAAAAGUUGGGCAUUCUU